UGGCCUACAAGGGACCGACAUACUUUCCUUCACUUUCUACGCAGAGUACUCCUUUCCUCCUCUCCUCGCACGGAUGCGGUUUGUACCGAUGGGCCUCGUAAUCCCCUGGAUGUAUGUUUCUUUUACCUUUUUGCCUUUCAGUUCACUCGACGGUUCACUCACAGUUACCUGCUACAUCGCCCCUACCUCGUCCACUUCCAAAAACACGAUGAGAAUUCUCGACUCUUACCGGCACUACCCACCAACCAAUCCUUUGCCAUCAAUACUUCCGCACCACUCAAAUCCUGCUUACAUCGACCAUGAACCUGGUAGUCCCUUCAUACAUAUCAUGCAUCGCAUACUAUUAAUGUUGUCGACGUUCCUCUCGCGCAGAGUAAACAGGUUGGCGGAUGCUCCUGGCGAUGAUGACUCCUCGAUAUACGGCGAAGACUACCUGUCUCCUCCACCUUCCCCUAAUCCUGGCUGAAGCCAGUUACCUGCGGUAUAUAUUGUCAACGCUAGGCAAUAUGGGCCAGUUUUGUUUCUGCUUAGCUGAUUUUGAAUUUGUUUCCUGGCAUCUCGUUACUGUAAUUGUUGCUCGUUGCAUGUGUUGUCUUCCCUAGACUUAUAUCGAAUUAAUGGUCACUAAACCCCUACAGCGCUUAAGAUAUAUCAAC